AUGAUGUUGAAUUACACUAAUAUAUUGUUAUUUUACCUUUCAUUAAAUAUAUUGUCAUCAUCAUCAGAAGUAUAUAAUCAAAGGAACCAUUUCAUUACAUAUACACCAAAACGAAGCACUAGGUUAUUAUGCGAAUGUGAACUAUAUACCUCCAUUUUUGAUAAUGACCCUGAAAUGAAAUCUUUGAUAGAACAUUUCAAUAAACAGACACAACAGAGAUUUCAUGAGUACGACGAAAGGAUGAAAACUACACGCCAAAAAUGUAGAGAACAAUGCGAUAAAGAAAUACAAAAAAUUAUUUUAAAAGACAAAUUAGAAAAAGAAUUGGCUGAAAAGUUUGUCACAUUACAAACUGAUAUACAAAGUGACGCUAUUCCCACAUGUAUUUGCGAAAAGUCGUUAGCAGAUAAAGUUGAAAAAACAUGUUUAAAAUGUGGAGGUGUGUUGGGAGGUGGUGUGACACCUGCUUGGGGUUUUCUCAGCGGUAUUGUUUAUACUGGAUGGAAAGCAGCAGCGUUGGCAGCUGCUACAAAAGAGGCUAUAGCUGAGGGUGCAGCUAAGGGUGCUGCUGCAGGUACUAAGGCAGGUAUUAAAGCCGUCAUGGAUGUAUUAUAUUCAGAUUUUGGUUUAUCGAUAGAAGGUGUUCAAAAAAUGGGGUUAGUUUUAAGUGCAACGAAUUAUAAGGAUGUCCCAAUGAUUACUAAAGCUCUUUAUUCUAAAUUUCAAGUGUCGUCAUGUCUACGUGGUGGCCCUGUCCCUGGAGUUCCCCCUGUUCGUCCCACUGAUGGGACUUUUUGUUCUGCGAUGUUAGAAAAAAUUUUAGCUCAAGAGAAUGUUGUUAAGCAAAAUUCAUUAGAAGGUUCUAUAAAAUCAGUUGUAAACCAAAUUGUAACAGAAGCUAAAUCCGCCGCUGUUAGUGAAACUGCCAAAGUUACUGCUUCUGAAACAGAAACACUUAAAGCAACAAACAUAGCUGCAGUAAACGCUACAUAUGCUAGUUCCCAGACUGCUAUUAUUGCUUCUAUUAUUGCAAUAGUCGUCAUAAUUUUAAUUAUGGUAAUUAUUUAUUUAAUUUUACGUUAUCGACGAAAAAAGAAAAUGAAGAAAAAACUCCAAUAUAUAAAACUAUUAGAAGAAUAG